UUGGGACUUGACGUUGGGGUGAGAAAAAGCCAGGGACCGGGGGGGAGACGCGGCCACUCCAGUGGAGCGUACGUUUUCGGGGAGCUCGGGCCCCGUCUCCACUUUUGUGACUCCGUCGCCCGCUCCUGCGCCGGUUCACGUGUUUUGCCACGACCAUGGCCGAAUACUCCUAUGUGAAGUCCACCAAACUCGUGCUCAAGGGAACCAAGGCCAAGAGUAAGAAGAAAAAGAGCAAAGAGAAGAAGAGAAAGAGAGAAGAAGAUGAAGAAACUCAGCUUGAUAUUGUUGGAAUCUGGUGGACAGUAACGAACUUUGGUGAGAUUUCAGGAACCAUAGCAAUUGAAAUGGAUAAAGGAACCUACAUACAUGCACUUGACAAUGGGCUUUUUACACUGGGAGCUCCACAUAAAGAAGUUGAUGAGGGCCCUAGUCCUCCAGAGCAGUUUACAGCUGUCAAAUUGUCUGAUUCCAGAAUUGCCCUGAAGUCUGGCUAUGGAAAAUACCUUGGUAUAAAUUCAGACGGACUUGUUGUUGGGCGUUCAGAUGCAAUUGGACCUAGAGAGCAGUGGGAACCCGUCUUUCAAGAUGGGAAAAUGGCUUUACUGGCCUCCAAUAGCUGUUUUAUUAGAUGCAAUGAAGCAGGUGAUAUAGAAGCAAAAAGUAAAACGGCAGGAGAAGAAGAAAUGAUAAAGAUCAGAUCCUGCGCCGAAAGAGAAACUAAGAAAAAAGAUGAUAUUCCAGAAGAAGACAAAGGAAAUGUCAAACAGUGUGAAAUCAAUUACGUAAAAAAAUUCCAGAGCUUCCAAGACCACAAGCUUAAAAUAAGUAAAGAAGACAGUAAAAUUCUGAAAAAGGCCCGGAAAGAUGGAUUCUUGCAUGAAACACUUCUGGACAGGAGAGCCAAAUUGAAAGCUGAUAGAUACUGCAAAUAACCAGGAUUUUUGUUUCUGUCUUCUUUUGUUUUGUUUUGUUUUUUUUGACUAAUAAAACCAAUGCUUUUACAGAA